UAGGGGUAUAAAAAGGGACUUCUCAUAGCUUGCAAAUGAAUAUUAUAUACUACUGAACUGCUGUGUCAUUUCCUAUCAUUGAUCUUUCAAAAAAUGUCUGGAACCCUGUUUACAGCCUUCUGCCUGCUGUGUCUACUGUCUGUUUGCACUGCUUGCUACAUCUCCAACUGCCCCAUCGGGGGAAAAAGAGCAUUACAGGAUGUUCCCUCUCGACAGUGUAUGGCGUGUGGUCCUGGAGACAAGGGCCGCUGCUUCGGCCCCAGCGUCUGCUGUGGGGAGGGAAUAGGUUGUCUGCUGGGGAGUCCAGAGGCUAUGCAUUGCCUGGAAGAGGAGAACGUACCCUCUCCGUGUGAGGUUGGAGGGCGUCCUUGCGGCCCUGGCGUGGGUCGCUGCGCCGCCCCGGGAGUGUGCUGCCACUCAGAGGGCUGCAGCAUUGAUCAGUCUUGUGUGGAUGGAGAAAGUGACAUCAGUCAACCAGCCACUAGCAAGGACCUCCUACUGAAACUUCUUCAUUGGACGAAUUACGCCCAGCCCUACAGGCUCUACCAAUGAGAUUUUAGUUGACAUAAUCUUUGUAGCGCAAACACCAGCCAUGAUGAUUCUGAAAGACCAUAGUCGAACUUUGUAAACAGAUUUUGUAAAUUUAAAAAAUUGUAGAUGCAAAUCUAAAACGUGAUCAUAAAAGAUGAACAUAGUAUUGCCUUUUGCUGACAGUAUUGACCAUAAUUUUCUGCAACAAUUAAAGUCAGAGACUUUCUGUUUUUGCAUGCUUUACACUAUAUAAGAUGAUUCACUCA